GGUCAAGACAGAAAGAAGAGAAAUUAAAAGUGGGGGAAUUAGUGCAUCGUUGUUUAUCUCAAGACCAUCAGGAGCUGGGGUCUGCUGUUUUAUGACUUUCAUCACCAUCACUGCCUUCAUCAGCCAGUCUGUAAUUAAUGGAGCACCUUCUUACCAACAUUAGCUCCACCUCAACCAACAAGCCCGUCUGGCCCUUCUUCACCAAAUACCAGACCAACUGCAGCACCUGGGAUCAGCAGUGGGGGGUGCUAUAUUUGCACAAGUUAGCCCAUUUGGAUAUGCAGCUGUACCAAGACUUCUACGCUGUCUGGGUCUCUCUGAUGGUGUGUAACUGCAUGAUGCUGGUGGUUGGUGUGGUCCUCAACUCUCUGGCUCUUUAUGUUUUCUGUGGGGCCUCCAUCCAUUCUUCAGCCUCAGUGGUUUACACCAUAAACCUGGCUGUAGCUGACCUGCUGGUGGCGCUGUCGCUGCCUGCUCGUAUUGCCCUGUACCACAGCGGAGGCAGCUGCGUGGCCUGCUCCUAUGUCCACACCUUCAGCUACUUUGUCAAUAUGUACUGUAGCAUCCUGUUUCUGACCAGUAUCUGUGUAGAUCGUUACCUUGCUGUUGUCCAGGCAACCAGCAGGCUCCAUCGAUUUAGGACCACAGGAGCAGCCAGGUGUGUCAGCGCCACUGUGUGGUUCAUUGCAGUUGUGGUCACCUACUCUUUCCAGACCACAGCGUUAAAUUUCAGCUCCUCCUGCACAGUCCUCCCUGCCCACUUCUACCUCAUAGUUCUGGAGUUCCUUCUCCCAUUGCUCGCUGUAGUGGGCUUCACUCUCCGCCUCACCUGUUUCCUCUCAUCCAACCAAGGCCUGGUGCCCCAACAGAGCAGAGCAAGAAGGACUCGUGCCAUCAGGCUUUUGGCCACCGUCCUGGUGGUCUUCACUGUUUGCUUCACACCUUUCCACCUCCGCCAGGUCCUGGUUUACUUCCAAGUCAGAAUCCCAGCAGGUGAGGGGCGAAGGCAGGAGGUGGGUCAUGUGCUAGCCUAUCACAUCACAAUAACCUUGAGCAGCCUGAACAGCUGCCUGGAUCCAGUGGUGUACUGCUUUGUGACAGACAGCUUCAAGAGGAUGUGGAGGAUGAGGAAGAGGGGAGGAAGGGAGGAGGAUGAGGAGGUGGGGAAUACAAGUGGUGGAGAAGUGGAGAGGAAUUCAAUGAAGAAAUGUCCAAGUACAGUUCUGGCGAUAGCUCAGAGCGUGGCCACACUUACUCUUGCCAGCACACCCCCCUCUGCAGCCACCUCAUACCUGCCUGCUUAG